CUGAGAGUUCUCUUCCUUCCCUUCCUUCACAAUGAACUCUCUGCAACAGGCAGAAGAUCUCAAGGCUUUUGAAAGGAGGCUGACUGAAUACAUUGCUUGCCUACAGCCAGCAACUGGACGAUGGAGAAUAAUUCUUAUAGUGGUAUCAGUCUGUACAGCAACGGGGGCAUGGAACUGGCUAAUCGACCCUGAAACACAGAAGGUAUCUUUUUUCACUUCUUUGUGGAACCAUCCGUUCUUCACCAUCAGCUGUAUUACUCUCAUUGGGUUAUUUUUUGCUGGAAUACAUAAAAGAGUGGUGGCGCCCUCAAUCAUAGCGGCUCGAUGUCGGACGGUCUUGGCAGAAUACAACAUGUCUUGCGAUGACACCGGAAAGUUAAUAUUGAAACCCUGGCUUCAUGUCCAAUGACACACGGUUUGCCUUCAGCUCUGUCUGCCAUCAUGCAAACAUGACACAAAGGACUUUUCCUCAACACAGUGAGGCCAAAAAGGACUGUGCGAUGUGCCCACAUGUGUAUGGCGGUAUCUGAAUGGUUGACUGCAGAUGUGGGAAACAUUGGCUAUGGUGAAUCUCCUUGCCUUUUUUUCCUGCGUCCUGUGCGUUUGCAGUAUUGGUAUCCCUUUAACACAGAAUAUGGGACUCGCUUGUUUUUAUAAAUGUACAAAUCACUGUAAAUAGAAAAUGGAACCAGUAUUUGAAGAACGUA